AUGCUGAAGUUUAACAAGAUUGCUUGCAAAAAGUCACGCAGGAAUAUUCUGUCUAUGGUUGCAUUGGUGACUCUUUCUUUACUAAUACUAAACUGGUACCUUUCGGGGAGUGAGAUACAGUGGAAUUACAACAUUUAUUCGGAGAAUUUUACAAAUACAACAGAGUCACCUUCAAUUUGCUCAACGUUGUCUCUACAAUCCAAUGUCAAGGCCACAGAUCGUUUAUGUCAACCUCGCAAACCGAGGAAAGCUUCCUGUAUGUUUACUCAAGAACUUUACGCCAUAAAACCUGAACUAUUGGAAUGCAAAGAGAAAAGUGCUGGGGAUGUUUGCGAAAUGAAAAUCACCAAAACUAAGAAGGAAAGCAAGAUUUCCUUUACCUGCAGUCAAACGGUAUGUCGGGAAGGAAAAAGAGAUUCUUUCAAAGUUCUAAGUGUGGAUCCCGGAACCGGAUUGGCGACCAUUGUAAAUGAAUUUCACUCAGUGAAGACACUUGAAAGAGAACUACCGAACAUUGUAAGAAGAAAUACGCAAAAUAAAUUGAACUUUGUUUUUAUCGAAUGUACAAACCACCAAGGUAAAAGAGUGUCACAAUUCCUUGCCGUCGACCCCGAUUUCACCAUCGAGAAAACAGAAACUGUUAGAAAUAAAAAUCACAUCAACGUGGUCGUCCUCCUCCUAGAUUCUGUUUCUAGAGCUCACUUUUACCGAUCUUUACCUAGAACAAUCGCAACAUUUCAAAACUGGCGAGAAAACUCAGAUUCGGUUCCCGCAAAUGUCUUUGACUUUGAACUUUUCCAGGCUCUAGACGGUCACACUGCUGAAAACACGCAAGCACUCUUCACUGGAAAUGUCUUCCCGAUUGAAUUAAAAGGUACAACGCCGCCAGUUAAUACGUCUGCGAUGUUUGGGCAUUAUAAGAGAGCUGGGUACCAUACAAUGUAUCAAGAAGAUUUGUGUUGGGAAGGGAUCUGGGGACUAAUGGCUGAUCAUGGAGUAAGGCAAUGGAGUGACCUUCAAGACAAGAUGAAAAAUACCUUCAUAGAUCACACAGGUAAGUUUGGAUAAAGAUUAAUACAAUUUACACAAAUAAAUGUCAGUCAUGUAGUAUUCAUUGGUUCUCUUCGCGAGUUUCAAACCUUUUUUGGUGGGAGUGAUUAAAGGAACCGACUCGCUCAGUGAGAUACUUUGUUUUUUUCUGACAUGUGUUUUGCGAUGGUUUUGUUUAAGGCCUGACGCAUUCCAGUUGUAAAAUCCUUUCAUCAUUGGGAGUAACAACUCCCUUCUUUGGGCCUUAUGGGGACCAAAUCUGCUAUAAUGGAAAGUUUCAACACUCUUACUUUCUCCGUUACACAACUGACACACUUCACGCUAUCGGCAAGUCACGUGACGCUCGCCCACUUUUCUCUCACACUUCACUCAACGUCGCCCACGAUCACAAAGGUAUCCGCACGCAAACCCUGGAUAUCAGUUUGGAGAAUUACGUGAGGGCCAUGGCGAACGAGCAGAACACUUUAACAGUCAUUCUGGCGGAUCAUGGAAACACAUAUACGGGAUAUAGUUCAGAAUUUUUGGAGGGGCGCUUUGAGAUAUACCAUCCGUCCCUAUUCAUCAUUGUUCCUGACAGAGUAGCGGCGCUCUUAGGGACGAAAGCAAUGUCCGCUCUAGGAGAGAACCAACGGAGGCUUGUCACCAUGAUAGAGUUACACCAUUCUCUAAUGGUGUUGGUCAACCCCCUAUCCGGAAAUGUUAAGCCAAAGGGGUUGUUUACACCCAUCGCUAUGAACCGUACGUGUGAUGAUCUGGAACUAACGCUGCCAAACUUGUGCGUGUGUAAGGGUUGGGAUGCACCAGCAGAUAAUGACACUUCACGUAUUCCUAUCGCUGAGUUCGCGAUGGGUCAGUUGAACAAUCGCUUGGAAAAUCAAAUACAGAACAUUUAUGAACGAUCCUGUCAAAGAUUGCAACCGUUAUGGUUUGAAAAUAUCCGAGAAAGAAACUCGAAAAAAGACGGAUCUCUGAUCACUUCGAUGGAUAUUCGAGUUAAAGCAGGAGAUGUUGUUCCUCAGAGGGAAGACGUGUUUCACGUGGUAGUAAUGACAAGGGAAAUGUUAGGAGAAAAUUCUUUACAAAUGACCUUAGUCUCUUUUGACCGUCUGACUUUAUUUUUAACAUACGCAGAGUGCGCCGAUAAUGGUGUUGACCUUAAAUUGUGUGUGUGCUCACGAAAAGGAACACAUAAAAAGUCAAUAGUGACGUUUUCGUCAGAACACUGGGUGCAUUUUGGACAACGCCCAGUUGUUAGAAAACUUAAUAAUACAAAUUGUUUAUGGUUGAUUACAUGGCCUUUUGCUAAAAACACAUCGAACACGUAUGAAGUAGCCAACUUGUGUCCUAGUCAGACUUAUCGAGUUAAGAUAUACGUGAAGAAAGUUUCUUACAUAAAAUUUUCUUGUGAGCUUCCUGUAACAUUAAUUGUUGCACCUGGUAAUGUACUGUUUGCAUUUUCAGUUCGAAAGCACAUCAGUUAUUGGAAUACCCACAUAGAGGUUAAUACUGAGGUUGAAAAGAAAUAA